CGGGAAUACUAAACAUUCUCUCCACUUCUCUCCCGUUUUGAGUUUCGCCACGGGGAUACUGAUAACGCGAGGAAUCUCUCUCGGUUCUGUGCGAAUUCCGGCUGUCGAUGAAGAAAAUAAUGCCGGAAUCGGUGGAAGCUACACCGUCUGUGUCUUCAAGCCUCGAUCUCUAAGCAGUUCGAAGUCGAAUCCGCGAGCUAGAAGAGUUGCAGAGAUCUUUGGAGGAAGAUGAAGCUUAUAGCACGGAUUCAUCAGGUUCUGAGAAGUUACUGAAGGAAUGCGCUCUCCAUCUCGAGGCUACAGCAGGUUCUGUCAGAAUGCUCUAACGUUGAUAGUUUCUUGGGGAUUGAUGACUUAGAUCUCUUUCUAGAUGCAUAUGUGGAACACAUGAAAGAGGAACUCGUAGCGGUGGAAGCUGAAAGCAGCAAAAUCUCUAAUGAGAUAGAGGUUCUUAAGAGCACCAAUAUAGAAGGUUCUAAUAAAUUAGAGGUGGAUCUCGAAUUAUUAAAUGUGUCGUUAGAUCGUUUUACAUCACAGGAUCCUGAGAAUGAAACAUUUAAUUUCUGCUCUAUGAAUGGUGAAGACCAAAUGAACGUGAUAGUUGACCGUGAAUGCAAUGCUUUUGAGGUUUUGGAACUUGAUAGUCAUAUUGAGAAGAAUAAAAGAAUUCUGAAAUCUUUGCAGGAAGUAGAUGAGAUAUUUAAAAGUUUGGAUGUUGUUGAACAGGUUGAGGACACAAUUGGAGGUCUGAAGGUCAUUGAUGUUGCUGAUAAUUUCAUUAGAUUGUCAUUACGUACACAUAUUCCAAACUUGGAAGAUUUUUCAAGCUUACAGAGACUUGAAGGAAUGAUCGAGCCAUCGGAAUUGAAUCACGAGUUGCUAAUAGAAGUUUUGGAAGGGACAAUGGAGUUAAAGAAUGCUGAGAUCUUUCCUGGUGAUGUCCACUUGCACGAUAUCAUCAAUGCUUCAAAGUCAGUCAGCAAUUCAUUGGAAUGGUUCGUGAAAAAAGUACAAGAUAGAAUUGUUUUGUGUACUCUUAGGCGAUUUGUUGUAAAGAGUGCAAACAAAUCAAGUCAUUCCUUUGAUUACAUAGAUCAAGACGAAACGAUAGUAUGUUAUAUGAUUGGAAGGAUUGAUGCGUUUAUUAAGGUGUCUCAAGGCUGGCCACUAGCCGAUUCUCCACUGAAACUUGUAUCACUCAAGAACUCAGACCAUUAUACAAAAGGUGCUUCCUUAAGCCUCGUUUGCAAGGUGGAGAAAAUGGCAAAUUCCUUGGACGCACGUAUUCGUCAAAAUCUAUCAAGCUUUGCAGACGCUGUUAAAAACAUAUUGAAGGAGCAAAUGCAUUUAGAACUCCAAGCUGACAGUGGUCUUUGACGAUUAAGAUCUUUGGUUCAUCAUGCAAUUCAGGUUUCUCAAUUCUACCUCCUCUACUUGUAUAAGUAUCACGUGAUAUUGCCGCUGAUGAUUUUUCAUGCCGAAAAAUUUAGCUCGAUUAUUGAUUGCUAUUAUUAUUAUUUGCCCUUUGUGUGUAUAGGCUUAAAAUAUUGUUGUUUUGUUUAUUUAUUGAUAUUAUUUUUGUAU